CCAGUGAGGAAAAAUGAAGUCGUUUUUGGUAAUAGUCGAACUGCUUGUAUACUCACUUCUCUUCUCAUCUUGCUAUGUGCAAGGCGGCGACAGAUAUAGAAGAAGAAUGGGAUGGGGAAAACGCAGCGAGCCACAAGUGAGCGAUAUUUCGUACCUGCUUUCGGCUGUCGAUUCACUGUCUCAAAAUCCUCCUGGCAAUAACGGCGAUGAUAUGGAUCGGCCAAAUCGUGGCUGGGGAAAACGCUUCUCCGGCAGUGACAUGGCAAGCACGAUGGACAAACGAGGGUGGGGCAAAAGAUCCACUACUCUCGACCUGGAAGAGGUGAAACGAGCGAUGGGAUGGGGUAAACGCUCUUUUUUCAAUGAGUCCCCGGUCCGACGCGCUAUGGGGUGGGGGAAGCGAGAAAGAGCACCAGCAGGGUGGGGAAAACGUAAUCAAAUUUUGGUCCCGGAGUUAAAAAAAGGCUUAGGCUGGGGAAAACGUAUUCUCAAAAGUGACGAUGUCGCAGAUGUAGAGGACGCCCCUCAGAUGGACUACAACAGGCGUUUUCUCCCAGGAAAUUCCUCCGCAUCAGCAACAGACUUAUCUUCUCCAGUUUCAAAUAAAGAGUCCACGGACAUAAGGGACAAAUCAGCACAGUGUCAAAACAAUAUAGAAGCAUUCUCUCGGAUGCUGGACAUGUUUGUGAAGAUAUUGACCUAUGAAUCGUGUGAUUUAGAGAGGGAAGUUAUUAGUAAAAUGCUUGCCCAAGUACGAAUGAGCUUGUUAAUAGACUAAAAACAGGUUCCCAAGGAUAUGUCGUAUUUCCCAUCACCUUCAGCCUUGUGGUAAAUUAUUUUUAAUCUUAAAAUCUACGAAACGAAUGGUCUCAAACAGUGGUGUACUUGAAACACUAUUACCUCGCUCUCAAGAGUAUUUUUCAAGACUUCUUAUGUGCAUGACUGUACACUCGCUGUAAUUAGCACAG